CGGAAAUGAAUCAGUACUCGAAUCCGACCCAAAACCGAACGCGCAGGCUUAAUUCAGAUCGUACCCAAACCACAACAACACGAUAGCCGUCUUCCUCCGACGCAAAAAUAACGCCUUCUCUUACAUCCUUCAAUCACUUUUUAUAUCAGGUAAUCGAAAGUUUCUGAAAAUCUCCGAAGAAGACAAAAUGAGACAAGGGUCUUCAUGCUCUGAAGAAGUCUGCUUCGACUUGUUGAAUCAGUUGGAGCAUCUUCUUGAAUCUGACCCUCUCAUUGAUGAAGUUGGGUUUAUUCACCCCUCACAGUUCACACUGCUGGAUAAAGAAUCAGGAUCCGUUGCUGACGGAAGCUCAACAAGUUUCUGGAAUCAAGAUCAUAAACUGGGAAUAUCAACUGAUAUACUUAUCCAAUUAUGUAAAGAUGCAAAACAUGCCUUCCUGUCUGCAUUUAAGGAGUACAAAUGCCUUGAAAACGCAUCUACUUGUGAGUCCCCAACCAAAAACAUCUCCUCAUCUGGGAUCUCUUCUUGUUCCCUUGAGAGCAGAGUCAUGAAACAUAGCCAAGCUCUGUUGCUGUUAAGCUCAGACUUUGGAACUGCAUGGAACGCCAGGAAGUUGAUCUUGUCCAAACAAGAUCAACCCUUGGAGGCAUUCACGGAAGAACUUCGUUUUUCUAGGCUCCUUCUUUCUAACUCUCCAAAGAGUGAGCCAACAUGGAGUCACAGAAGAUGGAUAAUUAAGAUGCUUUCCCGGAGUUUUUCAGCAUCACAAGAGAUUAUCACCAAAGAGUCUGAGCUAGUGGAAUCAAUAGGCGAGAGAUCAAAGAUGAACUACCGUGCAUGGUAUCACCGCUGCUGGUUGGUUUCCUACAUGACAACAGAGCAGGUGCUACAAGAGUUGAAAAAAUCUAAAAGGUGGGCAGGGCUGCAUGUAGCCGAUAGUUCUUGCUUUCAUUACCGCAGACGGCUGAUGCUCAGGGUUUUGGAGACACAUAAUGUGGAAGGAAGCAACGCUUAUGAUAAAACUGAGGCACAUAAGAUCUGGAAGGAAGAGCUUGAUUGGAACAAAGAGUUGGUGGCACGUUACUUGGGCCGAGAGGCACUAUGGCUUCACCGGCGAUUCCUCUCUCUUACUUGGAUAAUGCAUUUCGGACGCAACCAGUCAUCUGAAACCGGACAGCGCAUGGUCAUGAAUGAAGAAAUUGUCACCUUCAUUGAUAAAGAGAUCCAUCUUCUAGAAUCUUCUAUGACCGUUCCAGAUACCAAGUUUGAAGAUUUUCAAGCUCAAGCAUUGCAUGCUGCUGUCUACAUGCUAUGGCUGACAAAAAAUGUUCCAGAGAUGUGGAGAAUGCUUGAGGAGAAGCUUGGAACAGAGAAAAUCAAGUGUAUACUGAACACAGUUGCUCAAGAGAGACCCUCCUCGCUUUUGCACCAACUAGAUAUUUUUGCAGCUGAUCUUGAGUAUUGAUCAAUAUGUUAACCGUUGUUGGAAUAGCAUGAUUAACCCCAGUCUCUUAUUUGGAUUCUUAACUCACGAUUUGACACAAUUUUUUUUUAUUAUAAUUUUUUACAUUUUUCGGCUAAGAAACAUUUUUUUAGUUAAAA